AUGUUAAACGCUAUCAGAUUCACAGGUACUAAGACUUUGACGAACAGCACCCUAUUUGCUUCUUCUACUCUGUUGAAGAGGGCUUAUCACCCAAAAGUUAUUGAUCACUACACUAAUCCUAGAAAUGUAGGUUCUUUAGAUAAAAAAAUGUCUAAUGUGGGGACAGGUUUGGUAGGGGCCCCUGCUUGUGGAGAUGUCAUGAGACUGCAGAUUAAAGUAAACGAUAAAACAGGAAUAAUAGAAGACGUUAAAUUUAAGACGUUUGGCUGUGGUUCUGCAAUUGCCUCUUCUUCUCUGAUGACUGAAAUGGUUAACGGGAUCUCUAUAAAUGAUGCUCUACAGAUUAAGAACACACAGAUCGCCCAGGAACUACAACUGCCCCCAGUCAAGUUACAUUGCUCUAUGUUAGCCGAAGAUGCUAUUAAAGCUGCAGUAAAAGAUUAUAAAUCAAAGAGAGGCGGUUUAAAGAAAAACUUAUUAUCAAAGAAACAAAGUGCUCUUUGA